AUGGAAUCUAAAGACCCGAAAGACACCAGUGCUACUAACUUUAUACCUGAAAGUUCCCCUAUGACAUUUGAGGUGACUGUGAAUCGCAUCAAAACUUCUGAUAAGGACAAUAAUAGCAAGAAAGUGUUAAUACUGGGCGAUGAAUGUGUUAAGGGACUGAGACCUCAUCUUGUUAAACUUUUGAAGGCCAACUAUUCAGUCCAAGCUAUCAUCAAACCAGGUGCGAAAUUUGGUGAUGUGAUUAACAAUUUGUCAGCAUUAUUGAACGGGUACGGAGAAGAUGAUUAUGUAGUGAUUAUGGGAGGAAUAAAUGAUUUUUUACAGGGUAAAGUACCUAAGAUUAAGAAUAUAUGGACCACUUUAAAGUUGUGCAUGCACACAAAUAUAAUUUUUUUAUCUACACCCUACCUUAAACAUGAUCAAAAAUCAAAUAAAACUUUAAAUAAAUUUAAUACUAAAUUUGGCGAUUUUCUUAAACAGAUAAAUAGAAUAUCUAAGGAGAUAGUUACUCAUCUACGAACCAGUCAUGUUUACAAUGGGCGUAGUAAGUUAGGGAUGCUAGCUAGAAGGAAUAUAUUCCAAACUAUAUGCGGUAAAAAAGAUGUAGUAUAUAAGAGUUUAAUUUAUAUAAAUAGCAAAAUAGAGUCACAAGACAUUAUAGACAUAGACCCACAUAAGCUCCAGGCAUCAGAUUUUUGGAGCAGUGCUGCAUCAAGCGCAGAAAAUGGCAUUACUUUAAUAAACAAUAAAAGCUUAUAUAAUGAAUUGAGUGAAGUGUUAGCAACUUCCACUGAUCAUGGAGAACCAACUGCAAAUUUGUUUUCUGAAGGGAUAAUAAUUCCAAAGAUUCUCCACAAAAAUAAAGCCAUAGAAUCUUGCGAGGACGCAGAGAAGUGA